GCAUUGAGUGUUAAAUCUGGCACAUCAAACAAGUCUGGGAUUGAAGAGCUGACAAAUGAUAAUCAAACAGAGGAGAGGGUUCACAGCUCCAUUUCGAUGAAAUCAAAGAUUUCUGCUAGAUCUGAAAUGUCAAUUGAUCUGAGCGAGCUUGAGGAUCAUGAGCAAGACAGAGCUCCCAGUAGCGUUUCUAUUGUAUCAAAUGUCUCACAAAAAUCUAAGUCUGACAUUUCAGAAGUAGCUUCUCUCCAAGAAGGAGUGGAAUGUUUAAAUCCACUGAGUAUUUCUGAAGCUGAAGGAGCUACUCAAGUGGAGUUACCAGGGGAGAGAUCACCAAGCUCUGUAUCAUCAAUAUCAAAUGUCUCUAAAAGAUCCAGAACAUCCAAAAUUUCAGAGGCAGACCAAGGUGAAAUACAGGAAAAAGAGGAUGUUCAGGAAAGAGCAUCAAGCACUAUUUCUGUAAAGUCAAUUUCAUCUGCAAGAGCGAGGAAAUCCAAGACAACACCAACACCAGGAUCAGGAGAAGAAUUGAAGGAACGAUCUCCCAGUGUUAUGUCAAUCAAAUCAAAUGCUUCAUUGAAAUCAAAUAAGUCCAAGUUGGAGGAGGAGGAGACAGAAAACCGAGCCUCCAGUGCUUUGUCUGUCAAAUCUGAAGUUUCCACAUUGUCAAAAAAAUCUAAUCUGUCAAACAGAGAGCAACUGGAGGAAAGAGCAUCAAGUGCAGUAUCAGCUAAAUCAAAUGUUUCUGUAAGAUCUAAAGGGUCCAAAAUGUCAGAGGUGGCAGGAGAUGAUGAUGGAUUAUCUGAAGUAUAUGCAGCAUCGCAUACCUCUGAAACAUCAAAUGAAUGCAGAACAGAACCUGAAGAAACCUGCAAGAGCACAGAAAGAUCACCAGACAAAGAGGAAAGAGCACCAAGUGCAUUGUCAGCAAAAUCCAAUAGCUCUUCUAAAUCCAAGAAAUCCAAAGGAUCUAAUAUGGAAGCAGAUAUUGUGGCUGAAGAUAGAGAUGAUUUGAGAUCUGCAAGUGUGCUGUCCUCUAAAUCUAACAUAUCUGCAAGAUCUGUGAAAACAACGGUCUCAGAAACAAGAGAUGAAACAGAAGAAUCCAAUCAGUCUGAUGGAGUUGAAGUUGCAGAGGAACGGGCUCUGAGUGCCAUGUCGUCUAAAUCCAAUGCUUCUGAAAGAUUGAAAAAGUCUAAUAAUUUAAAUGUGCCAUCUGCUUUGCCUCGAGGAGCAGAACACCAAACAGAGGAACGAGCUCAGAGUGCGCUGUCAGCAAGAUCAAGUGUUUCAACGAGAUCCAAUAAGUCCAGAAUAUCAGAUGUUUUAACUGAUGAGCUUGUUGAUGCAAAAGACCAAGAAGAAGAGAGAGCUUCAAGUGCUUUGUCUGCCAAGUCAAAUGUUUCUGCAAAAUCAAAAAAGUCAAAUGCUUCUGCAACAGAUGUCAAUACUGAUAACGAGGAAAAAGGGGACAGAGUGCCAAGUGCUAUGUCGGGAAGAUCUGAUAUUUCUACCAAAACCAGUAUCUCUGCAAAAUCCAAAGCAUCAAAAGUUGCGGAAAUACAAGCAGAAGAGCCUGAUGCAAAACACCAAGAAGAAGAGAGAGCUUCAAGUGCUUUGUCUGCAAAGUCAAACGUUUCUGCAAAGUCAAAAAUGUCAGAUGCUUCUGCAACAGAUGUUAACACUGAUAACAAGGAAAAAGAGGACCGAGUGCCAAGUGCUAUGUCGGGAAGAUCUGAUAUUUCUACCAAAACCAGUAUCUCUGCAAAAUCCAAAUCAUCAAAAGUUGCGGAAAUACAAGCAGAAGAGCCUGAUGCAAAAGACCAAGAAGAAGAGAGAGCUUCAAGUGCUUUGUCUGCAAAGUCAAACGUUUCUGCAAAGUCAAAAAUGUCAGAUGCUUCUGCAACAGAUGUUAACACUGAUAACAAGGAAAAAGAGGACAGAGUGCCAAGUGCUAUGUCAGGAAGAUCUGAUAUUUCUACCAAAACCAGUAUCUCUGCAAAAUCCAAAGCAUCAAAAGUUGCAGAAAUACAAGCAGAAGAGCCUGAUGCAAAAGACCAAGAAGAAGAGAGAUAUGAUGAUGAAGAGCCUGAUGAUGAAGAAAGUGAAGUGAAAGCACCAAGUGUUACUAAAUCCAGAAUUUCAGUAAGAUCCAAUAAGUCAAAGCAUACAGAGGAAGAAGAGGUUCAGAGUCUAGGUAGACCUCCAAGUGCCAUUUCAUUAAUGUCUGAAGCCAUACCUGAUGAAAAUGAGAUCUCAAAUGAGGGAGAAAUCCAAGAAAGGGCUCCAAGUGCAGUGUCUGCAAAAUCGAAUUCUUCUGUAAGAUCCAGAACGUCGAAAAUUUCAGAAAGAGAUGAACCAGAUAAGAGGGCACCAAGUUCGAGGUCAUUGAAAUCUGAUGUCUCUGGAAGAUCUGGUCUAAAAGGCCCUGUCAAUGAAGAUAUACAAAAGGAAGCGAGAACAGAAAGUGCUUUGUCCUCUAUUUCUAAUCUUUCUGCAAGAUCAAACAAGUCAGAAGAUUUUGAGCUAAUUAACAAUGUACAACAGAGAACACCAAGUUCAGCAUCAGCUACAUCUAAAACAUCUGCAAGAUCUAAGAGGUCAAAUAUUUCAGGAGUUGCUCCUAAGGAAACUGGUAACACAGAUACAGGAGAUGUUCGAUCAUCAAGUGCAAUGUCUGCAAAAUCUUGUGCAUCUGAGAAAUCAAAACAUUCAGAAAGAACAGCUGAGGAGGAUGAAGAAGCAAAUAAAGUGGUAGAAAGAACAACAAGCUCUUUGUCUGUAAAGUCAACUCCAUCUACAACUGCCACUGUUAAAUCAAGUGUUGUGCCUACCAAAUCAAAUGCUUCUGCAAAGUCCCUCCUCUCAGAAGCUGAAGAGCCUGACAGAAGAUCGACAAGUGUGGUGUCUAAUGCAUCUGCGGAAUCUGAAGUGUCUAAAGCAGGUGUGGAUAAAAAAGUGAACAGAUCACCAAGCAAAUUGUCAGUUAAGUCAAACGUAUCUACAAGAUCCAGGAAGUCUAAGGUUUCUGAGGGUCAGGUUGAUACAGCCACAAACAUUGUAGAUAUGGAAUUGAACAGAGGUGAGAGUCCAGUGUCUGAUCGAUCAAAAGUAUCUCAAGAGGAGAACUCAAAUAAAUAUGCUUGUGGUGCAAUAAACGAGUCAUUGAGUCAAAUGGCAUCAUCUGAAAAAGACUCUGAACAUGAAGAAUUACCUGCAAGUCCUCUCUCUAAAAAGUCAGCAACGUCCAAAAUCAGCUCCGCCUCUGAAAGAGUUUUAACACCAACAAGCACCUCAGUAUCUAUUGGGAUAGUUGAAGACCAUGAGGCUGAUGAUGUUGAGGAAAUAGAUGAAGGCGCUGUUUCAAUGAACUCUGCUUCAUCGAAGACUGAAAUAUGUGGUAGAUCUGACCAGUGUUUAUCAGAAUCUCCAGUACGAAUAACAAGUAAAACAACACAGACCCCAGAAGAAAGACCUAAAAGUUUUGCAUCAGCUAAGUCAAAUGUUUCUAGUAAAUCUAAGUCCAAAUGCUCUCAUUGCAGCUCUACAUUUCCUAGAGACACAAUCCAGGACAGAGAUGAUGUAGCAAGCAAUAAAUCCUCCAAAACAAAGCAUUUAAAUACUUCAUCUGAUAGCCAACCAUCUGCCACUGGUUCAGUGAGGCAGAGCUCUCCAAAUGAAGAGAUCCGUCCAUCUAGCAAAGCUUCUGGUAUGUCUGUACAUACUGAAAUCACAGGUCAAGAGAAAACUGAAAGUCCAGAUGUUACCCAUAAAUCUCAAAGUGUCUGUUCAAAAUGCAGUUCUACACAACAGAAAAUACAAAUUUCAAGUGCCUCUGCAAACUCAGACUCUGAGAAAUCUAAAACUAAAGAGGGAAAUACUGCAAAAAUGACUGACAGACCAAAGAGUAAUAUAUCCAGUUCUUCAUCUCAUUUGAAAGUAAAUAAUCAAAAGAAUGAUGUUAAAACUACAGUUGUCAAUGGAAGAAACGAUAAAUUAAGCACCAAGACUACACAGAAAGUUGAGGACAAUACGCCCAGGUGUCAUUCUGCGACUUUAUCUGUUACCUCAGGAAACCAACUCAGUCCUAUCCCACCAAAAUCUCCCAAAAAAUCCAAAAAACCUGUUAUUUUACUCGGCGGCUCCAAUGAUAGCAUGUUAUCACAGACCGUUCCUGCUCCAGACCCAAGAGAAGAACAUACUUACCAUUUGAAUACAGCAGCAGAAAAAACUCAGUCGUGUAAGUCUGAUACAAAUGUCAGUGACAUUAAGAGUGAAAAAAGUAGCAAAUGUAGGAAAAGGAUUGGUAGUGACUCUUCUUGCCAGAAGAUGGAUGAAGACAUAUCUGAGCUGAGUCCUUCUUGCCUGCCAAAUGCCUCUCCAACUGAGGUGGUAAAUGAAUGGCUGAGGAAAAUCCCAUCAGACACUGCCUUGUGUGAUUUAGGCGAUGAAUUCCACGACAACUUUGAUUCAGUAGAGCCACUCUGUACAUCACAUGUGCCUUCCGGAAAUGAAAAUGAGCAUAAAACAUUGCGACAUGACGUGACCAAGCUUGAAACACAACAUGAGAUGGAAGAUGCUCAUAUGGUAAAGGCAGAGGGAGCUAUUGAAGUUGAAAAAUCUCCUGAAGUUGCUGAGGGUGAUCACUCUCAGAGGGGGGAUGAACCGAAGAUGUUUAAUUCCUCAGUUCUGGUGAUGAAAGUCUUGCUAAGCCCCAAACUCGACAGAUGCAAUAGCUUACCAGAGGUGUCAUCUGUAUAUGGACGUAAGCUCAGUACAUCAGCGCAAGGUCUUCUGGAUUGUUUGGCAAAUCUUCAGUUGUUAGACUUUGGUUCUAGUGAUAAAGAUGGUAACAAAGAAAAAUACCAGGAGCUCAUGACAAUGCUUAAGUCUCUUUGGCUUUGUGACCCAAAAGACAGCGAGAAGACAUCUGAGGAAAGAAACAAGCAUCUGGACAAGGAACUCAAAGCCAGGUCAUCCUCAGGGGUAGAUGUUAACAGUGGCUCAACAGGUUCUGGGAAAAGUAGUGUCAAUGAUGGCACCCAAGUCCAAAUCAAUACAGAAUGUGAAGUCCUGGAUACCCUGACAAAGGUACAGGAAGUUGAUGAAACAGUGGAAGAGGAAGCUUCAGAAACACCAGUAUCAAAAUAUGACUCAGCCACUCCAGAUAUAGCCAGUCAAGCUCAGUGGACUCCAGAGACAAAGGACACUGUUGAAGAGAAGCUAAAAGAUGAUGUCCAAGGCUCUGACGAGACUAUCAGGAAUAAUGAUAGUCCAAGGGAACUCAUUGAAACACCUCUUUCAAACAAGAGUUCUGGGAAUAAUAAUAAGGAAACUGAAUCAGACCGUCAAGAGGACACAAGUUCAGGCAGUGCACCAACACAACAAAGACGUCAACUAUCAAAAAGGCUUUCUCAAGACCCUGAUCCUGUAUGGGUUCUGAAUUUAUUGAGCAAAUUAGAAAAGCAAUUUAUGACACAUUAUGUUGAUGCAAUGGCUGAGUUCAAAGUCCGUUGGAAUCUGGAUGACAAUGAGCAGCUUGACUCCAUGAUAAGUGAAUUGCAAGAUGAAGUCCGCAAACGGAUACAAUCGAGUAUAGACAGGGAACUAAGGAAAAUUCAAGGCAGAGCUGGAAGACCAAGACCACCGAAAGAGACAAUGUCACGUGAAUCUACCAUUCAAACGGAGCAAAGGCGGAGACGCCUGAAAGUGAUGCGCAACCAAUCCAUUGAUCCACAACCUGCUAAAAGUGAUGAUGAUUACACAAUGACAGGGACUGAUUUCAGUGAUCAACGUAGCGAUGAUGAAUAUUGUCCUUGUGACACAUGCUUGAAAAAGAAAAUGGCAUCCAAACAUGUGUUACCUGUGGAAAUGCUGAAUUCCGCCCCUGUAAUGAUGGACUUUGAUUUGAGAAAAAUUCUCCAGAUGAAGAAAUCGUCUCCCACCAAUGAAAACAUGGGGGAGAUUGCCAGUGAAUCUACACCCAGUAAGAUGGAGGGAGAAAUUGUGGGGCUUGAGGCUGUCAAAGAGGAGGAUGAGAAAGAAGGUGCAGAUAAAGAAAUUCUUGCUUCCAGUGCCCAAGAAAUUAAGGAAGAAUAUAAAAAACGAGAAAGUGAGGAGGGUGAAGAGGAAGACAAUGCCUCCAGCACUUACGUAGAAGAUGGUUCUGUGAAACAAUCAAAUAUAUCCAAACAUUUAAGGAAAGAUGUGGAUGAAGUUGGGGAAACUGUUGAGAUGUCUGAUAACACAUUGACAGCACAACAUAAGGAAGCAGAACAAGAUGAAGAGCAAGAGGAGAAUGAUGAGACUGAUUCUGAUUUAAUGGCUGUUAAAGAAAGUGCAAGCAGUUCUAAGAUUAAUGAAGAAUUAGAUAAAGAAGUGGCAAAUGAUGACAUUAGUGAAUUUGAUGAUAUGCAGGCUGAAACAAAAAAGGAAGAAGCAACUGAAGAAUACACUGAGGAAGAAUCAGAAGAGCAGGAUGAAACAGCUUAUGAUGAAACUGCAGAAGAAGGGCAAACUGCGAAAAUAGAAUCUGUUGAGGAGGGUGAGACCACUGGUGAAGAGACUGUAGAGAACAGGCAGACUGCUGAAGCACUAGCAGAUGAUGAGGAUGACAUAGCUGGUAAUGAAACUGCAGAAGAAGGUGAGACAGUUGAAGGUGAAACAGUAGAAGAGGGCAAAACAUCUGAAGAUGAAACUUUAGAAGAUGGACAAACCCCAGAAGCAGAAACUGCUAGAGAAGAUAAAAUAACUGAAGAUGAAACUGGAGAAGAAGGUGAGACAGUUAAUGAUGACACUGCAGAAGAGGAUGAGACGGCUGAAAACGAAACUGCAGAAGAUGGACAAGCUGCUGAAGAUGAAACUGCAGAAGAGGAUGAGACUGCUGAAAACGAAACUGCAGAAGAUGAAACUGCAGAAGAAGGUGAGACAGUUAAUGACGACACUGCAGAAGAGAAUGAGCAUGCUGAAAACGAAACUGCAGAAGAUGGGCAAACUGCAGAAGAUAAAACUCGAGAAGAAGGCGAAACAGUUAAUGAUGACACUGUAGAAGAAAAUGAGACUGCUGAAAACGAAUCUGCAGAAGAUGGACAAACUGCUGAAGAUGAAACUGCAGAAGAGGAUGAGACUGCUGAAAACGAAACUGCAGAAGAUGGACAAACUGCUGAAGAUGAAACUCGAGAAGAAGGCGAAACAGUUAAUGAUGACACUGUAGAAGAAAAUGAGACGGCUGAAAACGAAUCUGCAGAAGAUGGACAAACUGCAGAAGAUGAAACUGCAGAAGAGGAUGAGACUGCUGAAAACGAAUCUGCAGAAGAUGGACAAACUGCUGAAGAUGAAACUGCAGAAGAGGAUGAGACUGCUGAAAACGAAACUGCAGAAGAUGGACAAACUGCAGAAGAUGAAACUGCAGAAGAAGGUGAGACAGUUAAUGACGACACUGCAGAAGAGGAUGAGCAUGCUGAAAACGAAACUGCAGAAGAUGGACAAACUGCUGAAGAUGAAACUGCAGAAGAGGAUGAGACUGCUGAAAACGAAUCUGCAGAAGAUGGACAAACUGCUGAAGAUGAAACUGCAGAAGAGGAUGAGACUGCUGAAAACGAAACUGCAGAAGAUGGACAAACUGCAGAAGAUGAAACUGCAGAAGAAGGUGAGACAGUUAAUGACGACACUGCAGAAGAGGAUGAGCAUGCUGAAAACGAAACUGCAGAAGAUGGGCAAACUGCAGAAGAUGAAACUCGAGAAGAAGGCGAAACAGUUAAUGAUGACACUGUAGAAGAAAAUGAGACGGCUAAAAACGAAUCUGCAGAAGAUGGACAAACUGCAGAAGAUGAAACUGCAGAAGAGGAUGAGACUGCUGAAAACGAAACUGCAGAAGAUGGACAAACUGCAGAAGAGGAUGAGACUGCUGAAAACGAAACUGCAGAAGAUGGACAAACUGCAGAAGUUGAAACUGGAGAAGAAGGUGAGACAGUUAAUGACAACACUGCAGAAGAGGGUGAGAUGGCUGAAAACAAAACUACAGAAGAUGGACAAACUGCUGAAAACGAAACUGCAGAAAAUGGGCAAACUGCUUUAGAUGAAACUGGAGAAGAAGGUGAGACAGUUAAUGACGACACUGCAGAAGAGGAUGAGACAGCUGAAAACGAAACUGCAGAAGAUGGACAAACUGCUGAAAAUGAAACUGGAGAAGAAGGUCAGACAGUUAAUGACGACACUGCAGAAGAGGAUGAGGUGGUUGAAAACAAAACUGCAGAAGAUGGACAAACUGCUGAAGAUGAAACUGGAGAAGAAGGUGAGACCGGAAACAAAGACACCACAGAAGUGCAUGAGGCAGCUGAAAAUGAAACUGCAGAAGAAUGUGAGACAGUUAACAAUGACACUGCAGAAGAGCAUGAGACUGCUGAAAAUGAAUCUGUAGGACAAACUGCAGAAGAAGAAACUGGAGAAGAAGUUGAGACAGAAAAUGAUGACCCUGGAGAAGAGCAUGAGGCACCUGAAAAUGAAGCUGCAGAAGACGGUGAAACAGCUGAAGAUAAAACUUCAGAAGAUGGACAAACUACUGAAGCAGAAACUGCUGGAGAGGAUGAGACAUCUGCUAAUAAUGCAUCUGUAGAAGAUGGAGAGAAUGCUGAAGCUGUGGAAAACUGCAAUACAGGUGAUGAUGAAACUGCAGAAGAGGGUGAGACAGCUAAUGAUGACACUGUAAAAGAGUGUGAGAUGGCUGAGAAUGAAUCUGUAGAAGGUGGACAGACUGCUGAAUCCGAAACUGCAGGAGAUGAUACAGGUGAUGAGGACGCAGCAGAUGAAGGGACCACUGAAGCUGAGAUGUCUGAAGAGAAAUCUACUGUUGAAGAUGGCACGACAGAAGAAAACAAGAAUGCUGAGGUAGAACUGGAAGAGCAAAAGCAAACACUGGAUCAUGAGAGAACUGGAGAAGAGACAGACAAAAGUCAAUCAGAUGUUGAGGAAGACAAGGAAUCUGUCAGUUGUGAAGAGGCAGAGGAGGGAGACAUUCUUUCUAACCUUGAAGACACUGAGUGUCUUGAUGUUGUGACUAAUCUUGAGGUUGUUGAGGACGAAACAUCUCCUAAGAACAAUGGUGAUGUUGUUCUAGAUAGUGUUGAUGAUGAAGGUGAAGAAAGUGAGAAAGAAGAUGAUGAUGUGGAGAUAAUUGCAAAUAAAGGUGUUCUUGUGGCCAACAAUGGUGAAUCAGCUGAAGCUGGUGAUGAAGCUGAGGAUGAUACCGAGCCAGAUAUGGAGACAGAUGAAGGGGAACAUGAUGGCAGUGCUUCAGCUUUACAGCCUGUGUUACAGCCAAAACAAAUAGACGACAAAUCAGAUGGGGCAACUUCAUUUAAUGUUUUGGUAAAGCACAACUCGGAGUCUGAGGAUGGGGCUGAUGCUGAUGGAGAAGACUCGGAAACAGAGGAACACAACCAAGUUGUGGAUUUGAAUUCUGAAUCAGAGGGCAAACCACAGAAAAAAACUGCACAUACAACCUUCAAGAUGCUCCUUCAUGCUCUGAAUUUCCUCAAACUCUCAGCUGCUGGACAACCAGAGAGGAGGGAAGAGGAUAAUGAACGUGAAGUUGAAGACAAAGAGGCUCCAGAGGAUGAGAGUGACGAUGCAGGAGAAAAAGACGAGGUCGAAGAGUUGAAUACAAAGGAGAAGGGCAAACUCUCAGAUAUUACAGAGGAUACAGCAGAAGAAGAGGAGCACCAGACAAAUGAGACUAAUGUUGAUUCAAAUGACAGUGAAUGGGAAUCAUCUGAAAAUGCCUUGCAAAAGCAGAUGACAAAGUCAUCCCUGGAAUCUCAGCCAGGUUCCUUUGAAGAAGUUCAUGAGGAACUGACAAAAAAUCAGAAAGGUUCAAAUCAUCUAAAUGCCAACUGGCAAAAUCAUUCCUAAACAUCAGAGAAAAGAACCAUAGAUGCUUUUGAGCAUGUAAAAAUGGUCCCAGAGAGGUUAUUUCUCUAUUAUACUUAGACCUUAUAAAGUCUAUAAACCUAAAUUGAGGGGGUUUUUUUUCUUAUAGGCCCUUUGGAUUAUAUAUUUAAUAUAAUAUAAAAUAUAAUUUUAUUUAUGAAAAAUGUAUGCACUUUACUUAUGAUUCCAUUGUAUAUGCAGAUUAUAUAUGCAAAUGCACAUCAUACUGCUCAGGUACUGUAAAAAGGGAACUGGUGAAACUUGAACAGCACAGGAAGCUCUACUAGCUUGAUGGUUACUUGUGGGAGAUCAUUAUAAAAGGUAAAAGAAUAACAUUUUUAUCCCUGCUAAAUCACAUAAUAGAAGUCCACCAUCGGGCUUAGUCAGAAUAUGUACAGUAAUGCUUACUUUUAAAGUAAGUGCAUUAAAUGCAGAUGUACAUGAUUGACAUCACCACACCAAAAAUCACACAUAUUGUGUAUAAUAAGGAUUAAAGUGCACACAUUAAGACAUGCCUUAGAUGUUUUGCCACAACACGUAAUGGAUUGUACAUCUAAAGGAUUAUAUGGUCAUGUUUUGUUCAUACAAAACUUUAAAAUGAAGUGAUGCACAUGCAAAUGUGAUUCCUUCAUUGCAGUUUAUUUUCUGCUGGCCAAAUGGUAAUGGUUAACUUAAAUAUGAUCAAUUCCUUGUGACUUGAAUGUACUAAAUUCCUGCCUGAAAUAAAAAUA